GAGAUAUCCAAGAAGAUGAAGCUCUAGCAAACAAAGUAGCAAUGGACGCUGAGUUAUAUGACGCUGCAAUCAAUGGAAGCCAUGAUUACUUUGCUAAGAGAGCUGACGCGGCCACAACGAAUUUGAGUGGGCAGGUGACAACGGAACUAAAAAAUACCUUUCUUCAUGUGGCAGCAAAAUCAGGGAAGCUACGGAUUGAAGAAGAACAACCACAUUUGGUUGGUUUUCUGUACGAGAAAAAUGAGAAAGGAAACACUGCACUACAUGUUGCGGCGAAAUUCGGUCAUUUGGAAUUUGUAAGAAUCCUAAUGAGGGCAAGAAAGAAGGAUAUGGAAAGAAACAUGAAGCUGCUGACCAUAGUGAAUCAGCAAGGGGAAACAGCUCUCCAUGAAGCUGUUCGCCAUAAUCACUUCGAUAUCGUCAAAUUACUCAUCGAGGAAGAACCGGAAUUGGUUUCACUUAAGAACCAUGCGGGAGAAUCUCCUCUUUUCAUGGCGGUGGAUAGAUGCUUUUACCCAGUUGCUCUUCAUAUCCUUGAAAAGAACAACCCAAACUGCUCCUUUGAUGGAAGGAACGGCAUGAAUGUCUUGCAUGCAGCCGUUAUUCGCUCCCAACGCUGUGGAAGAAAUUUUACUGUUACAGAGGUCCUUACAGAGGUCCUCUCACUUUUCUUCCAGAAUCUUAAUAGAAUCCAUAAACUUCAUCGACAAACAGAGACACUCUCGCCUAAACUCCACAAACCAAAAUCAGGUGUAGAAAGAGCCAAGGAAGGUCUUGCGGUUGAUGACGUAUCUAGUGGUGCGGAUCCUACAGCUUACUUAGUUCUUAUUGAUGGUAAUGUCAAUAGGUCUCUUGCUUCCAAAAAGAACAAGCAAGGUAUGUCUUCCCUUCACAUUGCAGCCAAAAAAGGACACGUUGAUGUAAUUAGAACACUAAUCAAAGAAUGUCCAGAAAUUUGUGAGUUGUUUGACAACAAAAACAGGACGGCUCUUCAUGUUGCUGUGGAAAGUAGCGAGGCAGAAGCGGUGAAAUUCUUCCUACGGUCAUUGACAUUUCUGGAUCUUAUAAAUGAGAAAGAUAAUAAAGGAAAUACAGCUUUGCAUCUAGCAGCUGCCUCUACUAGAGCAGAUUUCAAAAUUCUAGCAAUGCUGGCAAAUGACUCAAAAAUUGACAAAGAGGCUACAAAUAACAACGGGAUGACAUUUUAUGACAUCGUUCUAUCAAACAAGCAACUAAAGGAUAAAGAACUUAAACUCAAGGCCUUCAUGGAAAAGUUAUUUUUGAGGGAACAUACUUCUAACUAUAAACCAUGA